AUGAUAAGGAUACUUCUAGUGAUGCUUUUUGUAGUUUGGGUUGUGUUGGCAGAGAACAUGUCACCAGAAGCGGACAACGACGAGUCACUGACAACUCUUAACCAAAUUGACUGUGUCGUGAAGAAACUUAAUUGGAUGAUUAAUGUGACGGAGGAUCUACUUUUAAGAACUAGAGUGCAUGCAGAGGAGGUGUAUGAGAAGAGGUAUUCGGCGGAGGAAAGAUACGCAGCCUGGGAACGAUUAUUCGUGUACGUAAAACCAUUUAUGAAAAAACAGAAGGGUGAUAAAAUGAAGGAAAUAUUAAAUGAGAUGGAGAGUGUUUUCGAAGGUGAAAGCUACUUACGGAAGAAAUUUAACCUUAAUGUUUCUUAUCUGGAGGAAAAGGUGAUGGAUGUUGUAAGAACCGGAACCAGGUAUGCAGCCACAAUGGUGGAGAUGUACAGAGUUGGAUUAGAGGCAGUAUGUAUUGUAAAUAAGUCGCAUGGCUAUUGUGGGGAUAAUGGUGCAUACGUCAAGUGCGGGACAACUUUUGUUGGGAAAGAUAUUUCCGGUAUUGUUGGCGAUUUCGACAGCGACGCUGAUUAUAUGGACUUGUCAUUUACCGGUGGAGGGUUUCAGAGCCAUGGGGGAAACAAAUUGGCCGAUAAAGUCAAUACGGCGUCCACCUCCCUUGGGCUCGUCCUCAAGCACAGAGGAAUAAGGAACAAUUUGGGUAAAGACAACGUCCAAACGAAUAAACUUCGCUCGGUAGAAAAGGUGAAUGCAUCAGAGCUUCUCAAGUUGUUUGUCACACCUCUAAGAGAAAUCAACGACAUCAUCUCCGAAAUUGAAGCCACGCCUUCCAAGCUGUUGGAACAAACUUCCAGAAUCGACGCUCUCGAAAAGGAACUCCAGUCAAUCUUCAGCAGCAUCACCAUAUCCACAGCUUAA